AAUAUAUCCUACAGCUGAUUUGGCAGUGCUUUCUUCACGGUUAUCUUUAUCAAUUUCACCACAAUCUAAGAAUUCCACGAAUCUCUGUUCAUAUGUUUUCCCUGAUAGACAAAGAAUGUAUAUUGAAUAUUCAUCAGAGCCCACUCUUGUAAAAGCUGCAUCUGCAAUGAUGUCAGAUAUGGAGAAUUACAAACGCUUGCUUAAAACUUUAUGUAACUCUGUUAAAAAUGGGAUAGUUGAUGCCGGUUUUCGUGGCAAUGAACUUUCCAAGUUUAAUGGUACUUGCAAAGAUUGGUUAUUGCAUUGCAGCAAAGAUGAAUUUUGGAACACAAUUAAAAACUGGAAAGAUAUUAACAAUGUACUGGAAUUUAAACCAGAAGCUUCUGGCUGGUUAGAACUUGAAUCAAAUGCCAUACAUAAAUUUGCAUAUUAUUGGAAUAAAGUUUUGCAUAAUUCAAAUUUAUCAUUUCAGCCAAAUCUUAAGCUUAAACUUGUAUUUUCUUUUGAUGAAGCAUGCUCUUUACUUGUUAAAUCUGGACAAGACAUGCCCUUUUUACUUUUAAGAAGAGUUUUACAAUGUUUACCAAAUGGGAUAUUUGUUGUAUUCACAGAUACAUUAUCAGAACUUUCAAACUUUUCUCCUGCCAUUGUAGAUGAUCAUUCUCAACGUGUUCAUCAUGAAGAUUUGAAGCUAUUUGAUCCAUUUUACUUGUUUGACUUCAUUGAUGUUUUUAAUCAACAUACUAGUGAAGAAAUUGAUGAAACAACUAAUUAUACAAAACUUUUCUUUUUUGGAAGACCAUUAUGGGGAGCAUAUUUAAAAAGUAAAAUGGAUGUCAAAGAUUUAAUUAUGAUUGCACAGCAAAAAUUGCUUGGUGGGAAUAAAAUUGAAACUUGGCAAAACAGAAUAUAUCCUACAGCUGAUUUGGCAGUGCUUUCUUCACGGUUAUCUUUAUCAAUUUCACCACAAUCUAAGAUUGCAUCUGAGUUGGUGGCAGGACAUAUGGCUCUUUGUUCAUAUGUUUCUCCUGAUAGACAGAGAUUGUAUAUUGGGUAUUCAUCAGAACCAAUUCUUGCAGAAGCUUCAGCAAUACUAAUGUCAGAUAUAAAAAAUUACAGCCAUUUGCUUAAGACUUUAUGUAAUUCUGUUGAAGAUGGAAUAGUUGAUGCUGGUUUUCGUGGAGAGCUUGUUGCAAAACUUUUGCUGCUUAGGGCAUGGGACAAAUGUUGCAAUUUACAGAUAGAACCAAUGACAAAGUAUGCAAUUCCAAUAACUGUUAAAGAUUUUUUGCUCUCAUUACUUGGAGAAAAAAAUUAUCAAAUGGCAUUUUCUGACCUAGAUGAGAAUUUGGCAUCUGGUAUAUUAUUCUUUAAUCAUUUUUAUGGGCUGGAAUACACACCAGACAAAACAGUAUUGCUCAAAAUGUUCAGACGUUGUGCUGCUAUUGUUGGAAUGCCAGGUCAAUAUGGAUGGGAUUUGAUGAUACCAGUUAUAUUGAAAAACUCAGUUAAACCAGAAAACAUUUCUGUUAUUAACAUUCAAAUAAAAAACCAGAAAAGACAAAAGGAUUCAGAAUGGCCUGCUUCAGCAACAACAAAAAUGAAGUGGCCAGAGAUUGUGGAGAGUGAAAAAGACAUUGAUUAUGUUACACCUAAAUCAGAGAUCAUCAAACAUUAUAGUACAUAUUCAUCCACUCGAUCUUCACGUAAUAAUCAAUAUUCUGUGUUGCUAUUUGGAUUUACAAAGGAUACAUUUGAUUGUCUCAAAGACCUUGAGAAAAAUACCAUAAGCUGGUUACAGGAAUUGUUGAUACAUCGUACAAAUCUGAUGUCUUUUAAACAAACAGAAGAGCAAAAAGAGUUAGUCAGGCAUAUCUAUCCUGGUAAAUUCAAAAAAUAA